UCGGCUAGGCGGCACUUCCUCGCCACGCAGCUCCCUCCCGGUAGUCUGGUGUUCUCACUCGGUCGCUAGGUCGGUCGGUCUCCCGUGCCGGUGUAUGAUUGUCGGCCUGCUCCGCAGCUCGUGUGUGAAAGUCUCGAGCGCCGUGCGUGGGAUGGCGCUCGCCAUGAAGCCGCAGGUGGUGUUCGUGCUGGGCGGCCCGGGCGCGGGCAAAGGCACUCAGUGCACCCGGAUAGUGCAGAAUUUUGGGUACACCCACCUGUCUGCCGGGGACCUGCUGAGAGAGGAGCGCAACCGCACAGGCUCUGAGUUCGGCCAGCUCAUCGACAGCUACAUCAAAGAGGGCAAGAUCGUUCCCGUGGAGAUCACCAUCAACCUGCUGAGGAAGGCCAUGGAACAGACCAUGAAGGCCGAUGAGAACAAGUACCGCUUCCUUAUCGACGGCUUCCCCCGAAACCAGGACAACCUGCAAGGCUGGGUGAAAGUCAUGGACGGCAAAGCAGACGUCAAGUUCGUCCUAUUUUUUGACUGCAGUAAUGAAGUUUGCAUCGACAGGUGUUUGGAGCGAGGGAAAAGCAGCGGCCGCACAGACGACAACAGAGAGAGUCUGGAGAAAAGGCUCCAGACAUACCUGCAGUCCACUCGACCCAUCAUAGAUCAGUAUGAGAAGCAGGGUAAAGUGCGCACCGUUGACGCCUCACGCUCCGUAGAUGAAGUCUUUGCUGACGUGAAGAAAAUCCUCGACAAAGAGGGCUAGAGCUCCUGAACUCUCCACUGCCAUCAGCCCUAAAUGUUCUUUUUAUUGAUGUCAGCAACACUAUGCUUCAUUAUUUACAUGUUUAUCUUUUUACUCAUUUCAAUGUAUUUUUUUUCUCGUUUGUCUGAGAGUGAAUGCGUGUGUGUGUGGCGUAUGGGUGUGUGUGCGAGUGAGCAUCCAUUCUUUGCUUUAUAAUAUGCUGGAGAGGAACAAAACUGAUGGGAAUAGAGCAGUAGAGUCCUGUUUAAAGGCAGUUUUCUUUGGGAAUGGUAUGGUAGCUGCUGCUCUUUUAGUUUUUAUAACAUUAUGGUGAUCAAACAGGGACAUGUAGAAUCAGGAAUAUGUUUGUCAUUUGUAGGAAGGUAUGCUGUUAUUAUUAACCAUGUCUAAUGGCCAGAGCAGCAAUCUGAGGGGGCCAAGCACCGACUGUAGAAAGCUACUGCACCCAAAUGGCACCUAUACAGUGUCCAUAGGAUAUGUGAAAGCAGUGCAUGAACAGUGUUUCAUAGCUGCAGCUGUAGAUGUGUAGUCCAUCUGUUGUGCAGUUUUGUAUUUUCUUGCUUUAAUGCAACUGAUAUGGUUCAAAAAGGACUUUAUCGAUAGCAAAACACAAAAUUGUGAUUGUGGGCUACACGGCUAGAGCUGGGAAAACACUGGGAAACGCCGUAAGUUUGCAGCCUUUUGUCAUUUUUAAAUUAAGUCAAGUAAAACCAGGCUACCUAUAUGAUAGCUAUGUGUAGGACCUCAUGUUUUAAUGGUAUCUAAAUGCUUCUGGUCCGUGUUAAGUUCCAGCCAUAUCUCCACCCACACAGCAAGCUUUAAGAUGGGGACUUAUGGGUUACCAGUGUUAACAUCUGUGGGAUCAUCUGUGAGUUGUCCUUGUCACAUUGGGCCAGAGAUGCAGUGGUCGGUGUCCACACAGCAGUACAAAGCACUCUAAAAGCUAGAUAAUGGAAUAUCAGUGUCACCCACUCUAAAGAAAUAAACGUCCAUCUGAAAAAAUACAAUAAAAAACAAUGUCUCCUA